CCCAAAAUUAAGGCAGAUUUCUUCCGUGAGCGCGCUGUACGUCGCUGAGCAGACUCCGUAACUCCUCUACACGCUGUCCACCUCUGCUGGACAACUGCGGCCCCAAAAAUCGCAUAGCAUCAGCCUACAGUAAAAAAAGAUCGUGGCACCAGUUUUGUUCCGCUGCUUCGUAGCUGCGAACGAUGAGGCUCUUCUGCUUAUUGAUCGUCGAGGCUGCUGCGUUCCACGCGCCGGCGUCGCCGCGCAACAACAGGAGACUGGCCCACCAGGCCUCGCAAGUCCGCGGCGUCGCGCGGCCGGCGCGGCUCUACGACGAGAACAGCGAAAACGCCAAUUUUCUGGAGACGCUCGCGUUGUUUCGACGCAUCGGGGCCGCGGCGACGCUGGACGCCUUACUCGAAGGCCUCAAAACGCGCUCCGUGGACUUCGGGCGGCGCGACGACAUCCAGUGGGACCACGAGGAGUACCGUUCUACCGACGGCGUGAAAGCUUUAUAUGAUGCCGCCCACGUCGACCCCUUCUCCUUCCGGAGCGACUUCUUCCGGUCGCUCGCGCCGCGCGACGUGGCUCGUCUGAACGACUUCUGGGUCGCGCUGCGCUCCGAGCCCUACUGCAAGCUCCUCACGGGCGCCUCGGACCCGACGACGGUCUCGGAGCUCCGCGACGGCGAGGACCGCUACGUAAGACGCGUCAAGAUCGACGACGUCCUUUACACGUUCAGCCUCGCGAAGCGCGGGGACAAGUGGGGCGUGGAGUGGAUCCUCUCCGAGCCGGACGCGAGUGAGUGAGGAACUUCACGCUCGACGCCAUCGACGAGGACCAGACGGCCCUCGUGCUGCAGACGCGGGAAUUGUAACU